AUGGGCAGGCUGUUCGGAGUCCCGUGUCGGGAGGUCUUCGUGGCCUUGGUGAAUCAGAUCAAGGCCUGGAGGACUGAGUCCAGCUGCGCCACCCGGGGGGAGAAGUGCCUGUAUGAGCUGGCGUCUGCCAGGCCACUGCUCAUCACAGCCAAGCAUACGUCCAGGCACAGGGACAGUGCGGCGUUUCUACUUCUGAGUCCUGGUUCAUGCUGCCAGACAACGGUGGCUAACACUUUUGGACAGUACUGUAUUUUGUACCUCUUCGCUUUAUUCUUGUGGGCUAUUAUCCUCUAUUUGUUUUGUCCUCCUGAAAUGUGUGAUGCAUUGGAUCUCACCGAGUUGUGGUCUGCGGGCAGUGGACUGGUUGAUGCUGAAGGCUAUAAGCAGUACACCAACGAGUGGAUCUGUCUGGACUACUUCACCGUCUACUGAUUGCGUCCAGUUAUCUAGUUCUUCUAUAGGCAGUAAUUAGAUGGAUCAAGCGAGGUGGAUUAGGAUUGGAGCUGAAGUCUGCAGGAAGGUAGAUGUCCAGCUGCAGGGCUGGUGACCCCUGAAGAAGAACAUGCUUUUGGAAACCUGUUCGUGUUGUAUUAGUGUCCUCAUAAGUGAAUUUUGCCAGCAGUCACACAUUCAUUUCUCCAGAUGCUCUUUUAAAGAUCGUUUUUCACACCUGUAUUGUUUUACUCAGCUUCUUGGUGGCUGUGAUGUAGCACGG